GAGCAUUUUGGUGUGCCUAUUUAUUGAAUUUUUUAAAAUCUUUUUAAAGUUUGAACACGAGAUUUCUAGUUACGCGGGUGCUUGGGAUUCCAUGAAUCAUAUGCUUGAAAACUCAUUGGAUGCAGGUUCAUUCUCAAGAACUGCAGUCAACUUCAGUGCUGGUUGUGAAACUGCAGUGUCCAACAUAGUGAUGGCUGUAACAGUGCUAAUAUCACUAGAAUUUUUCACAAGGCUAUUGUAUUUCACUCCAAUAGCCAUUCUUGCUUCCGUUAUACUUGCUGCUUUACCUGGACUCAUCAACCUAAGUGAAGCUAAAUACAUUUGGAAAGUUGAUAAGAUGGACUUCCUUACUUGCACUGCUGCAUUUUUUGGUGUCGUUUUUGUGUCUGUGGAAAUUGGCCUGCUCCUCGCGGUUGGUAUAUCAUUUGCAAAGGUCAUUCUAAACUCAAUCCAGCCGGGGACAGAAAAAUUAGGAAGGCUUCCGGGAAGUGAUUUGUUCGGAGAUGUGAACCAAUAUCCCAUGGCAAUGAAGAUACCUGGAAUUCUCAUUGUCAGAGUCAAGUCUGCUUUGCUUUGUUUUGCUAAUGCCGACUUCAUUAGAGCUAAGAUUUUGGACUUGGCACUGGAAGAACAAAAUGAGGAUGCCAUAGAAAGUGCCGAAGAUAGAGUGCAACUAGUUAUUCUUGACAUGUCAA